AUUUCAAACGGUUAACUGAUGGAGAAACUGUCAUGAACAAUAAAAACGAACCUGUCUACUCACAUCAAGUCAUGGGCGAACCCAAAAGUUUUCCAAAAAUGCUCAUCCUUGACAUCCCAAACAACGACUACCUUAAAAAUACUAUUCAAAGUGGUAUCUGGUUUCUGAAAUCGACAAAUAAUGGACCAGAAGACUUUGGUCUUGUUUUCCAUCUUUUAGGCGAUGACAUUGACUUUGAACUGCCAGAAUAUGUUGAAUUUAUUCUGAAAUUUCCUUCCAGCUGCAAACACGUUAUCAGUCAUCCAAAGAUUGCUGACGAUACUUUGGUUUUCAAGACAUAUGCUGUGCAUUUGCUCAAGCUCAAAUGUAUCAUGAACGACAGUUUUAACUUGCCCCACUUCCAGAAGUUCCAACCAUCCAGUCAAUUCACGAAGUUACAAUCACUUCAGCAGUUUUCGAUUACCACAUCAGGAGUAGAAAUGUGCGACGACGAUGUUGUAGAUGAGACAUGGUCGUCUUUGUACGACAAAGAGAUUGGGCUUCCUGAGAAAAAAGAACAGAUAUUACAAAACGAUGUACUCCCUCUUGAACCUAUGAAAGAAGUUAAAUCACUAAAGGAUCAUGUUCAAAUUGUUACGCUAGGCACUGGCUCUGCACUUCCCACAAUACACCGCAAUGUGCUCUCAAAUUUGGUCAGGAUUCCAUACGUCGACGAUGAAACAAAGGAAGUGAAAUUUAAAUCCAUUCUUCUUGAUGGUGGUGAGAACACGCUUGGCUCGUUGAUCAGAAACUUCGGCCAUAACAACGAAGAGCAGUUGAAGCAGAUAUUCGAUGAAUUAGAACUCAUCUUCUUGAGUCAUUUGCACGCAGACCAUCAUCUAGGCAUCAUCUCUGUGAUCACUGCAUGGUUAGAGCACAACAAACAUAAUAACCGCAAAUUACACCUCAUCAUUCCUUGGCAAUUCAACAAAUUUAUGACUGAGUGGUUCAGGCUUGAACUGCUCACACAAAAUUUGAACGCAGACAGGAUUGUUUACAUGAGUUGUGAGCAAUUUAUUCAAAACCCACGUCCGGAGCUCAAACAACUCAAAAUGAAAGAGUUUGAGAUCAAAUGCGAUGAUGGGAUUUCCUCAGACACCGUACCCAAGAUUAAAUUCAGGCCUUUAUCUGAAGAAUCCAUGCAAAAGAUUUUCAAAGACUUAAAAGUUCAACUGAUUCAAACUACCCGUGCAAUCCACUGUUAUUGGGCUUACUCGGUAAGUAUGACAUUCUGCCUAGACCAGAAGGAAACAUUCAAGCUCUCGUUUUCUGGAGACACUAGACCGAACCUGAAGUUCGUUGAGAUUGGCCAUGAUAGUGAUUUGCUCAUUCAUGAAGCAUCACUAGAAGAUGAUCUCAUUGAGGAGGCGCUUGCCAAAAAACACACAACAGUCGUGGAAGCAAUAAAGGUUGCUGAGCUUAUGAAUUGCCCGAAAGUCAUUUUGACGCAUUUCAGUGCUCGUUUUUCGGAGAAGCACACGUUUAUUGAAAGUAAUGAAGAUUACGAAAAGGCCUCGCAAAAAAUGAAAGCAUACCUUGGACGCACCGUGAACAACAUAUUCGAGCUUCGUCACAACUCGCGCUUCACGUUCGAUGAUAUGGAGAUCUGCUACGCUAACGACCUCAUGAUCAUCCGAUACAACGAUGUCAACGUGCAAAAAGCACAAUUUGCUGCCAUCAACGAACUCUCGACGUCUGAGGAUAGCGAGAAGCAGAAAGUCAAAGAUGAGAAGAUCAUGUUGAAAAAGUCGGAAAAACGAGAAGAAAAGCGGGUUCAAAGACUAGCAAUGAACCGCAAACGGAAACAUUCUGCGGAACAAGAUCCAAACAACAAGUAAUCGCUUCCACAAUAGGUAGUUAGUGUAUGAAAUAGCUCAAAAAAAGCGGGGCCGCUACCAGAUCGUCACCAGUUAAACCCAAGACUGGAACAGGAAGUUGAAAUACAGACUUGCGCGCACCACCGCACCUUCGCUAUCUCCAUACAACCACUG